AUGAUUGCCAAACCAAUGUUGUCAUCAAUGUUCCGACAAGCUGCCCGCCCCGCGGUAUUUGCCUCCAAAUUCUCGACCCCUCGAUUCUCCCCCAUCGCAUCCAGGUAUCUUUCUACAGAAGUUCGCAAGCAGAUUGAUCAAGUUGUUGGUUCAAAGCCAGUUGUCCUAUUCAUGAAAGGCACGCCAGAAAACCCAAUGUGUGGUUUCUCAAAGGCAACUAUUCAGAUCUUGAGCUUGCAAGGCUUGAACCCAGAGAAGUUUGCUGCUCUUAAUGUACUUGAGGAUGAAGGUUUAAGACAAGGAAUCAAAGAAUACUCCGAGUGGCCAACCAUACCCCAACUUUAUGUCAACAAGGAAUUUAUCGGUGGAUGUGAUAUUUUGGUCGCCAUGCACCAAAAUGGAGAAUUAGCAAAGGUUUUGGAGGAGAAUAAGGUCUUGGUUGAGGAGUCAUCAUAA